AUUGUCCUUAUUCCAAGGACAUAAAUCAAUAUAGUUCACAUUUUACAAUGAUUAAAAGCUGAUAUGAUAUGGACAAUAUAGUGACUAAAUCCAAAACAACAAGGACCAAAAACAGCUUUUCUUAUGUUUAAAGGAUUAAAACUAGUAAGAAAUUGUUAUAAGGGCUAAAUUCAAAAUUGGUGUAUAUUGUACAGACUAAAAAUCAUUUAAAGCAAAGUUGCUUCUUGCUGUGUUGCUGACUAAAGGAAAGUUGCUUCAACAAGGUUCACACCAGCAUGUUAGUCUGGCCUUUCUUGUUUAGAAAUUGCCAUGUCCUCUUGCUGCCUAAAGAAAAGAUGCUUCAUGAAGGUGCACACCUCUAGCAUGUAAGUCAAACCUCUCUGGUUUGGGUACCUUUAAUUCCAUUUGUUAAUGUGUAGAAAAACACAAAAUCAUACUUACAUAUAAUUGCUUUACUAGGGAUGCAUAAGAGGAGAAAAUAGUCCAACAAGAAGAUUGGAUGAUUACAAAGUAGUUGCUGUACUGGUGUUAGAUAUGUGCCAUUAUGGACACUUCUUAUUCAUCAAUUGAAUCGUGCUAUUCUACAUACUACAAUCUUUCAAUUUUUUUUUUGAGCUAUCAUUCUAACUUUUAAUAUUUAUGCUUAGGAAUGAAAACGAGAGCAUAUCAAUUUAUAUUCAAAUGCAGGUGGAAGUAUUAGGAUCUAUAUGAGCCACACUUGUGUGUUAAUCUUUUACGAUUUUUUCUUCCAUUUUACUAUUAUACUUAACUCUGUAGCAUCCUUUCCUGUUCAGAAUUUUCCAUGUCCUCUUGAAGGUUUUGUAUUGUAUCCAUGUUGUGUCUCAUUUCUGAGUAUCCUGCAUAGUUAGCCUAUUAAAAUAUAAUUAGUGUUACGGAUUCUUUGCAGAAAGCACCUUAAUGUAAUUUUACAUUUAAAUAUUAUAUUUUUCGGGUAAAAAUAUUAUUGAAUUUGUUAAUUUGUCAAUGUAGAAAUAGAUUAUCAUUUUAUUCCUUUAUUUUUAAAUAAAUGGCAGUUCCUUUCCUUAUUGAGUUGUACGUUGUUUUAGCGUUAUUUCCUUGACUACCUUGACUGCAUCCAGAAAAAAUAAAAUUAACGAGAUGUCCGUUUUGUGCGACUUUGCCUUAAUCAACUUAGUUGUUUUAAAAUUUUAAAAUUUAAUAUUCAGAGUUCAAAGCAUAGUAACAAAUGUUGAGUGAGAUUUGGUACAAUAACAUUAACUUUUAUGUUUCAAAUUAAAAUAAUGUAUCACUUUUUCCAAUUUUGAAUCUUCUUUAUUUGGGGAUGAGGUGACCAAUGGGGAACGAGCUUUGACGUGUUUUCCUUUAAUUUUACGCGAGUUCCGUUUUUGUCCUCUGUAUAAAAGGGUUUUAAGCUCAAUAGUAUACCACACAGAGAUGCAAGUAGACAAGAUGGCCUCGAAGAAAUUAGGAAUGGAGCACGGGAACAAUGAAGAUGAUUCUAACCAAUCUAAUAGUUCCGAUGCAUUGCCUCUACCAUCAUCGGGGAAAAAAAUGAAAGAGGAUAUGGAUAUCAGUCCACUUGAUUUGGAUAUGCUUGAUAUCAUAUCCAAGAAACUGUUAAGUUUCGACGAUCUCUUCAAUUUUUCGGCGGUUUGCAAGGAGUGGAGGGCAGUGCAUAAAGUUUAUUGGAGAAAAUUCCUAGAAUCCCAAUCACCAUUGGUCGUACAGACUACUUCUUAUGCUAAGAAACUUUACUCGUUUUAUAGCAUACCCGAAAAACAAGCGUACAACUCUAAGAUGAGCUAUUUUUGGGGAUUAUAUUAUUGUGGUUCUUCUAGUGGUUAUCUGGUCAUGGCAGGCGGCAAUUAUAAACUUCAGCUAAUGAAUCCUUUUACAAGAAAAGAGAAGAUCGUUGAUAUCUCAUCAGUUCGAGAGGAUUUUUUUUAUGAUACCUGUCGUGUUUUACUUGCUUUUGCCAAAGAUUCUAAUGAGUUUGUCGUAGUGGCUUUGUGCGGAAUUUCGUUUGCUUUGAAUGUUUACCAGUCAAGAUUUUCUAGUUGGGUUCCUUAUGCCAAAAGGGGAAAGCCAUGGAAGGUUGUGGACUUUGUAGUUUUGGAUAAUAUUAUUUAUGCUCUCACCGACAAGGUUGAGAUAGGUGUACUUAGCCUAAACUCCACAAGUUUGAAAUUGCUGGAACUGAAAAAUACCCCCGAUGCAACUCCUCGUUUGUUUAAGUUACUUCAUUGUGAUGGGAAGCUUCUUGUGGUCCGCUUUGUACCGAAGAGAGUAUUGGAUGUCUACAGGAUAGACUUCGCUACUAUGAGUUAUGUCAAGUUGGAAAGUUUGGGUGAACUUGCAUUAUUUUAUUCUCCUUUCAAAUGCUAUGCACUGGCGAACCCUGGUGAGUGGGGAUAUGAAAGCAACCGUUUGUAUUAUAUUAAUUCAAAAUCUGCAGAAUGUGAAGUGUAUUCAGGGAGUGAUAAUGUACUGAUGGAAAGCAUUGUGCUUGCUGGUAGUCGUCAUGUUCUUCAUAAAUCAAAACCUUAUUGGCUGGAUUGGUGUUUUCGAAAUCUACAUGAUGAAGUUGAUUAUUCUCUGGUUGAGUAGUCUGCUGACGUGGCACCAUGCAGCUUGUAACUCUAUGUUAGUUUGGAUCUUGUUCCUUCUGUUUUAUUUCCUUAGUUUGGAUUUUGUUGUUCCUUCUGUUCCCUUUAUAUUUCCUUGUACUUCUAGACAUGGUUUCUGUUAUUUCAUUAUCUUUGCUUAAAUUAUGUGACUUUUCAUGAACCUGGUAAUGUUUUGGUUUGUUCCCUGAAUGUUUGGCUUAAAAUGGUUGUAUGGUUUUUUUUUUUUAUAAAUUUUAUUUGAA